GGCAGGGAGUGGGGGCAGAGGAACAAACCAGACCCAGACUUGGUGUUUCGGAGGACACACAGAUUACCUGUGAUCAAAUAGGGGACAUGCAGACCUCACAGCCCGCUUGUGUCGGAAGGUUGCUGUGAUACCCGCCUGCCGCGGACGGAUCCAUUGACUUCCCAGCAAAUGUGAGAAGCCCAGGACACCCCCACACAGUGCCAGCUUUUGUUCCCACAGUGUGGAGACCCUGAUACACCCACUUUCCUACCUGCACUCUGCGUGCCCGCUGGCUGCCCGGCAAGAUGAAGCCUAAACUGAUGUAUCAGGAGCUGAAGUUGUCUACUGAGGAGCCCGCCAGCGAGCUGCCCCUGAGUGAGAUCGAGGCGUGGAAGGCUGCCGAGAAGAAAGCCCGCUGGGUCCUGCUGGUGCUCAUCCUGGCUGUUGUGGGUUUCGGGGCCCUGAUGACUCAGCUCUUCUUGUGGGAAUACAGCGACUUGCAUCUCUUCGGAGCCAACCAGCCCCCAGCACCCUGCUAUGACCCCUGCGAAGCGGUGCUGGUGGAGAGCAUCCCCGAGGGCCUGGACUUCCCCGAGGGUUCCACGAGCAACCCCUCCACCAGCCAGGCCUGGCUGGGCCUGCUCGCCCGGGCCCACAGCAGCCUGGACGUCGCCUCCUUCUACUGGACCCUCACCGGCAAUGACACCCACAUUCAGGAGCCCUCUGCCCAGCAGGGUGAGGAGGUCCUCCGGCAGCUCCAGACCCUGGCACCUCGAGGUGUGAAGGUUCGCAUUGCUGUGAGCAAGCCCAGCGGGCCCCAGCCUCAGGCGGACCUGCAGGCCCUGCAGCAGAGCGGUGCCCAGGUCCGCAUGGUGGACAUGCAGAAGCUGACCCACGGCGUCCUGCACACCAAGUUCUGGGUGGUGGACCAGACCCACUUCUACCUCGGCAGUGCCAACAUGGACUGGCGCUCCCUCACCCAGGUCAAGGAGCUGGGCGUGGUCAUGUACAACUGCAGUUGUCUAGCCCAAGACCUGACCAAGAUCUUCGAGGCCUACUGGUACCUGGGCCAGGAGGGCAGCUCCAUCCCGUCAACCUGGCCCCCAUCCUAUGACACCCUCUACAAUCAAAAGACACCAAUGGAGAUCUGCCUCAACGGGACCCCUGCUCAGGCCUACCUGGCGAGUGCGCCCCCACCGCUGUGUCCGAGUGGCCGCACCCCAGACUUGAAGGCUCUGCUCGACGUGGUGGACAAUGCUCGGAGUUUCAUCUAUAUCGCAGUCAUGAACUACCUGCCCACCAUGGAGUUCUCCCACCCGCGCAGGUUUUGGCCUGCCAUCGACGACGGGCUGCGGCGGGCUGCCUACGAGCGGGGCAUCAAGGUGCGCCUGCUGGUCAGCUGCUGGGGUCACUCCGACCCGUCCAUGCGAGCCUUCCUGCUCUCCCUGGCUGCCCUGCGCAACAACCACACCCACUUCGACGUGCAGGUGAAACUCUUUGUGGUCCCUGCGGACAAGGCCCAGGCCCGGAUCCCAUACGCCCGCGUAAACCACAACAAGUACAUGGUGACGGAGCGCGCCGCCUACAUCGGAACCUCCAACUGGUCUGGCAGUUACUUCACCGAGACGGCGGGCACCUCGCUGCUGGUGACACAGAACGGGGAGGGCGGCCUGCGGAGCCAGCUGGAGGCUGUUUUCCUGAGGGACUGGGACUCCCCUUACAGCCACGACCUCGACACCUCGGCUGACAGCGUGGGCAAUGCCUGUCGCCUGCUCUGAGACCCGGCCCAGCAGACAGGCUGAGGCCUUCAAGGCCCCCACAGACCCAGAUGUCCUGGGUCGUGGUCCCUGUCCCCGUAGCCCUGCUUCUGUCUGUCCCGUUGUGGCUCCACAGACCCCCUUGCUCUCCCACCUCUACCUUCGCCCCCGGCGGCCUGACGCUGUGGCCCCAGAUCCCAGCUGAGCUGGGGGAGGGAUCAGCCCCAGAAGAAGUGGGGAUGCAUGCUGGGCCAGUCCCCCGGCCUCCCCCACUUCCCAGGGCUAAGAGGGCCCAGGUUCUGAAACGAAGUAAAAAACUUGUCUGUACAGUC